GCAGUCUUGCGUUGUCAUCAGCCAUGGCCACCUUCACCACGCCGACGACCUUCCUCGCUCUCGCCGUCGUCCUCGCCGUUCUCGGCGGCGCCGCGGCUCAGCAGCUGUCGCCAAACUUCUACUCCACGACGUGCCCGAACCUGGCCACCAUCGUGCGGCAGGGGAUGGCUUCGGCCGUGCAGACGGAGAAGAGGAUGGGCGCCUCCAUCCUCCGCAUGUUCUUCCACGACUGCUUCGUCAAUGGAUGCGACGGCUCGAUCCUCCUGGACGACACGUCGUCCUUCACUGGGGAGAAGGGCGCCGGCCCGAACGCCAACUCGGUCCGUGGGUUCGAGGUGAUCGACGCCAUCAAGACGCAGGUGGAGGCCUCCUGCAAGGCGACCGUCUCCUGCGCCGACAUCCUCGCGCUCGCCGCUCGUGACGGAGUCAGCCUGCUGGGAGGCCCGACGUGGAGCGUGCCGCUGGGCCGCAAGGACUCGCGCACGGCGAGCCAGAGCGCGGCCAACGCCAACCUGCCGGGCCCGGGGUCCAGCCUCGCGACGCUCAUCAGGAUGUUCGGCAACAAGAACCUGUCCCCGCGCGACAUGACGGCGCUGUCGGGUGCGCACACCAUCGGCCGGUCGCAGUGCCAGUUCUUCCGCAACCGCAUCUACAACGAGCGCAACAUCGACGCCGCCUUCGCGGCGCAGCGGCAGCAGACGUGCCCGCGGUCGGGCGGCGACAGCAACCUGGCCCCGUUCGACGUGCAGACCCCCGACGGGUUCGACAACGCCUACUAUCAGAACCUGGUCGCGCAGCGGGGGCUGCUGCACUCGGACCAGGAGCUCUUCAACGGCGGCUCGCAGGACGCGCUGGUGGGGCAGUACAGCACCAACGCGGCGCAGUUCGCCGCCGACUUCGUGUCGGCGAUGGUAAAGAUGGGCAACCUGCUGCCGUCGUCCGGGACGCCGACGGAGGUCAGGCUCAACUGCAGGAAGGUCAACUAGUCAAGGGUGAACGACACGAGCGUACUUACUGAUCAUCGAAGCCUUGGGAACCAAGGUGUACUGUUGGUCAUAUUUACAUGAAAGGAAUUCCAAAUGUACGUACUACACUUGUUUGCUAAGUUACUGGGAGUGGAACCACAAAAAUGUAAUAAGACAUUCUGUAUGUCAAAAAUGCAAGGAUACAGAAU